AUGCAUCCAAGCUCUUUAAUCGGAAUUGAGGAACGUAAGAUUCGAUAGAUCAUAAAUGGACGGAAGCGGGCGGCGAUUUCUCGCGCUAACGAGGAAGGGUGUUGCGAGGUGGCCUGAUCCGCGAGAAAUUCGGGCGCCGGAGGGCACACAAUACCCUGACCACGGAUCUGUCGCUCUACUGCGCUCGCGUUCUCUAUAUCUUGAGGUGACAAUCCCCGUCGACGCCAACCUCGAUUGUCAGCCACUGUCGCGUUGGGCGACGAUAGGAUCAAGGACAGGUGGAAGAAGAGAUGGUGGAGAGUCUCAUUCGUUGCUGAAUUCGCUCUCAGCGGCCUUUAGCGAAUACUAGCAUAAUCUGAUCAUAAUGGCCAAUAAUCCACAGAAAAAGGUCAACCCUCAAACAGAGUUUUUUACUGAAUAUGGUGAAGCUAGCCAAUAUGAGAUAAUAGAGGUUAUUGGAAGGGGAAGUUAUGGUACAGUAGGGGCGGCAGUGGACACUAAAACUGGGGAGAAGGUCGCAAUCAAAAAGAUCAAUGAUGUCUUUGAGCAUGUUUCAGAUGCAACUCGAAUUCUUAGAGAGAUCAAGCUUCUUAGGCUGCUUCGGCAUCCUGAUGUUGUAGAAAUUAAGCACAUAAUGCUGCCUCCAUCUCGUAGAGAAUUUAGAGAUAUAUAUGUUGUUUUUGAGCUGAUGGAAUCAGAUCUUCAUCAAGUUAUAAAGGCAAAUGAUGACCUUACUCCUGAGCAUCACCAAUUUUUCUUGUAUCAGCUUCUUCGUUCUCUGAAGUAUAUCCAUUCUGCAAAUGUAUUUCAUCGAGAUUUGAAGCCCAAAAACAUUCUUGCCAAUUCUGACUGCAAGCUAAAAAUCUGUGACUUUGGACUUGCCCGGGUGUCUUUUAAUGAUGCUCCUUCGGCUAUUUUUUGGACUGAUUAUGUGGCAACAAGAUGGUAUCGCGCACCAGAACUAUGUGGUUCCUUUUUCUCUAAAUAUACCCCCGCUAUUGAUAUUUGGAGUAUAGGGUGCAUAUUUGCUGAAAUGCUUACUGGAAAGCCGCUGUUUCCUGGGAAGAAUGUGGUUCAUCAGUUGGAUAUCAUGACAGAUCUCUUAGGCACUCCUACUAAUGAAACCAUCACAAAGAUACGAAAUGAAAAGGCUAGAAGAUAUUUAAGUAGCAUGCGGAAAAAAAAUCCAGUUCCCUUCUCACAGAAAUUCCCUAAUGCUGAUCCGUUGGCUCUUUCUCUACUCGAACGUUUACUUGCAUUUGAUCCUAAAGAUCGUCCCACUGCUGAAGAGGCACUAGCUGAUCCAUACUUCCAUGGGUUGGCAAAUGUAGAGCGUGAACCUGCAACACAAGCAAUCUCAAAACUUGAGUUUGAGUUUGAAAGGAGAAAACUGACAAAAGAUGAUGUACGAGAGUUAAUUUAUCGAGAGAUUUUAGAGUAUCAUCCCCAAAUGCUUAAGGAAUAUCUACGUGGUGGAGACCAAACUAGCUUCAUGUAUCCAAGUGGAGUUGACCGUUUUAAACGCCAGUUUGCUCAUCUUGAAGAGUAUCAUGCCAGGGAAGAAAGAGCCACUCCAGUUCUACGACAGAACACUUCUUUGCCCAGGGAGAGGGUCUUGCCUAUUAAAGAAGAAAAGGUUGAUGGAGAGAAGGUUCUUGAAAGACAAUAUGCUAGCAGAGAUAAUGAAUCGGCGGUCAGUAAGAGCCCUUCCAUGACACAAGCUGAGGGAUCAGAAGUUACUGUGGCUAGUAUUGAAAAUGGGCUAAACAAGCUAAAUCUAAGCGCUCGUAGCUUAUUGAAGAGUGCCAGCAUCAGUGCAUCCCAAUGUAUUAACGUGAAAACAAGGAAAGAUACUUCUGGGCCAUAACGUGUUGAGGAGUUACCUCAAAUGCUUCAAGAAGUACUAUGGUGCAAGCAGGCAUUUCGAAGAUGAAUCUGGUCAAGGCGCACUUUGAAUGCCUUUGAUGAUUUUCUUCAAUAUCAACUGCAAUUCCAGAUUGCAGCCAUGCUUUAAUUCUGAAACGCACGGAAGUUAUCUGAUGUUCUCCCAUCAGUUACUUAAAUUGUAGCUACUUAAUUUUAUUUUUAAUUUUUAACCAUAUUUCAAAACAACCAGAUUUAAGUAAUUUUCCAUACUUUGCGUUGAAGAAACUUUCAUUAAUUUUUGGAGAGUCUCAGUGCAUGUAAUUUUUAGAACCAUUUCUAAUAUUCAAAUGGCAUUACAUUUGGUAA